UCGAAGUACAAAUCACGGUAAUGGCAGCAGCAGUUGGCGUUCCGGAUUCUCCGCCUGCUGCCAAGUUGCCGCCCGGAGCAUACUACGCCCUCACCGUGCUGACGGCCCUGAACGUCAUCAACGUAUGGCAUCGCUACCUCCUGGUGAGUGUUUUGCACACGCCUCGUGCACGCCUCUCCUCCCUGAACCGGGUGUCACCUGCACCACGUUAUCACUGAUUAUUGUUGUGGACUGCUGUGGGAGUUUUGCAGCCUACCGGUAUAUUGGUUGCGCAUCCAGUAGGUUUAGAUGAAGGCUGCUGUAGGCGACAUCGACCAGGCUUUGCAUACUUACCGACUACGGUACCUUCGGGAGGAUUGUCGCAACAACAGCGAAGUCCUGCUGUCCCAUUCCUGCAGAUCGCCGAGCGCUGCACCCUUUGCUAUUACGGAAGCCUCUGCUUUUCUGAGCACCCACAACACGGCAUUCGUUUUCCUGCACGAUAUCUUCCCAUGGUU